UGCUGGCACCUCGGGGUCAGGAGGUGCCCGCCUGGCGGGGCUGGGCGGCGGCAGGAGGAGGGGACUGCAGGGGAGCGAAGAAGGAAGGAGCCGCGGGGGCUGAGCGCUGUAUCCGCCCGGCGUUCCCGGCUGCCCAGGGCGGGCUGACCCCGGCAGGAGCCAGGAGGAGCCAUGUAGCAAUAACCCAUUGAGCUCGUCCAGCGCGGCCACUUGUUUCCCCCGCAAACCAGUCGCUCCCGCCCCCAUUUUGCUGGCGCAGGGAAGAGGGAGCGAAGUAGUUUCGCCAGCCGCAGCGCCGCCGCCCGUCCGGGCCACGAUGAGCGACGAGAGCUCCGAGGUGCCCCGGGAGCUGCUAGAAAGUAUCAAGGAUGUUAUUGGGAGGAAGAUUAAAAUUUCAGUGAAGAAAAAAGUAAAGCUAGAAACCAAGGGAGAUAAAGUGGAUAACAAAAUAUUGGUGCUUACAUCAUGUCGGGCCUUCUUGUUGACAUCCCGCAUUCCCACCAAGCUAGAACUAACUUUCAGCUACUUAGAAAUCCAACGAGUAACCUCCAGUAAACCAGGUCAGCUGAUUGUUGAAACAGAGAAAUGCAGCAUUUCCAUGAAGAUGGCUUCAUCAGAAGAUGUGAAUGAGGUGAUGGCACACAUUGGAACGUGCCUCAGGAAAAUAUUCCCUGGUCUGUCUCCAGUGAGAAUCAUGAAAAAAGUAACUAUGGAGCCCUCAGAAAGACUGGCUAAUCUCCAAGAGCUAUGGGACAGCCAGACUGUAACAGAACUGGGACCUUGUGGGGGAUUUUCACAAAUGUAUGCAUGUGUUUGUGACUGGCUUGGAUUUCCAUAUAGGGAAGAGGUACAGUGGGAUGUGGAUACAAUCUAUCUGACCCAAGAUACCAGGGAAUUGAAUUUGCAAGACUUCAGCCAUCUUGACCACAGAGACUUAAUACCUAUAGUUGCUGCUCUGGAGUACAAUCAGUGGUUUACAAAGCUGUCCUCUAAGGAUCUGAAAUUAUCCACUGAUGUCUGUGAGCAGAUCCUGAGAGUGGUGAGUAGAUCCAAUCGAUUGGAAGAAUUGGUAUUAGAGAAUGCCGGGCUUAGAACAGAUUUUGCACAGAAACUGGCCAAUGCCCUAUCCCAUAAUCCUAACUCAGGAUUUCAUACAAUUAACCUUGCUAGCAACCCUCUUGAGGACAGAGGUGUGUCCUCUCUAAGUAUCCAGUUUGCCAAACUCCCGAAGGGACUGAAACAUUUAAAUUUAUCUAAAACCUCAUUGUCACCUAAAGGGGUGAAUAGCCUUUCCCAGUCACUGAGUGCCAACCAGCUGAUUGCUAACACUCUCACCUAUCUUGACCUCUCAGGGAAUGUUCUCCGGGGUGAUGAUCUUGCCAGCCUGUAUAAUUUUUUGGCCCAGCCAAAUGCCAUUGUUCAUCUGGAUUUAUCCAACACGGAGUGCGCACUAGAUAUGGUGUGUGGAGCUCUCCUCCGCGGAUGCCUUCAGCACCUAGCUGUCCUCAGCCUGUCCAGGACAGUUUUUUCUCACAGGAAAGGAAAAGAAGUUCCCCCAUCUUUCAAACAGUUUUUCAGCAGUUCGCUUGCUUUGAUGCAAAUCAAUUUUUCAGGGACUAAACUCUCUCCUGAGCCUCUAAAAGCGCUCUUAUUAGGCUUGGCUUGUAAUCUGAACCUGAAAGAGGUGUCUUUAGAUCUCAGUAGCUGUGAGCUUGGUCACUGUCUGAGAUCUGGAGGUGCACAAGUUCUGGAAGGGUGCAUAGCAGAAAUACACAAUAUCACCAGCCUAGACAUUUCAGACAAUGGCCUAGAAUCUGAUCUCUCAACACUUGUAAUCUGGCUUAGUAAAAAUCGAUCAAUAAAACACUUGGCGUUAGGCAAAAACUUUAACAACAUGAAAUCCAAAAAUCUUACUCCUGUACUUGAUAAUUUAGUACAGAUGAUUCAAGAUGAGGAUUCACCUUUGCAGUCACUAUCCCUGGCCGAUUCCAAGCUGAAGACUGAGCUUACCAUAAUUAUCAAUGCAUUGGGCAGCAAUACUUCUCUUACAAAAGUGGAUAUUAGUGGAAACGGAAUGGGAGACAUGGGAGCAAAGAUGCUAGCAAAAGCCCUGCAGAUAAACACCAAGCUCAGAACCGUAAUAUGGGAUAAGAAUAAUAUCUCCGCACAGGGCUUCCAGGACAUAGCAGUGGCAAUGGAAAAGAAUUAUACUUUAAGGUUCAUGCCAAUACCUAUGAAUGAUGCUUCUCAAGCACUUAAAACAAAUCCUGAAAAAACAGAAGAGGCGCUGCAAAAGAUAGAAAACUACUUGCUUCGUAAUCAUGAGACCAGAAAAUACCUACAGGAGCAGGCAUACAGGCUGCAGCAGGGCAUCGUCACCAGCACCACACAACAGAUGAUUGACAGAAUAUGUGUUAAAGUGCAAGAUCAUCUCAACUCCUUAAGAAAUUGUGCUGUGGAUGCGGUACAGGAUGACCUGAAAUCUGCAGAAAGGCUUAUGCGGGAUGCUAAGAACUCCAAAACACUAUUACCAAAUCUGUACCAUCUCGGUGGAGCUUCUUGGGCAGGAGUGAAUGGCUCAUUAUCCAAUCCGAUACAGGAGACACUGGAAUCCAUGGCUGGGGAAGUCACGAGGGUUGUGGAUGAACAACUUAAGGCACUGCUUGAGUCUAUGGUGGAUGCAGCUGAGAAUCUUUGCCCUAAUGUGAUGAAGAAGACCCACAUUCGGCAAGACCUGAUUGAGGCCAGCACCGAGAAGAUUUCCAUUCCACGUACCUUUGUUAAAAAUGUGCUUUUGGAGCAGUCUGGAAUUGAUAUCCUCAAUAAAAUUAGCGAAGUGAAACUUACUGUGGCCUCUUUCCUAUCUGACCGAAUUGUGGAUGAAAUCCUGGAUGCGCUUUCACAUUGUCAUCAUAAACUGGCGGACCAUUUGACCAGACGUGGUAAGCCACUUCCACAACAGGAGUCACUGGAGAUUGAAUUAGCUGAAGAGAAACCAACUAAGCGCUCCACCAUCACAGUAGAAGAUUUGACUGAGAUAGAACGUUUGGAGGAUCUAGACACUUGUAUGACUCUCUGCUGUACAAGUAUGACUCCUAAGUCUAAAAGGAAAAGCAUCCACAGUAGAAUGCUCCGGCCUGUAUCUAGGGCUUUUGAAAUGGAAUUUGACUUGGAUAAAGCACUGGAAGAAGUACCUAUCCAUAUAGAAGACCCUCCAGUCCUUUCCAGCAGACCGGAUAAACGAACUUCUGGAUUCAUCUCAGAGCUGCCAUCUGAGGAAGGGAGAAAACUGGAGCACUUUACAAAAUUAAGGCCUAAAAGGAAUAAAAAACAACAGCCCAGCCAAGCAUCAGUGUGUGGGGCAACACCUCAGGAAGGAGAACAGAACGGCCUCAUGGGUAGAGUGGAUGAAGGUGUUGAUGAAUUUUUCACCAAGAAAGUGACAAAAAUGGAUUCAAAGAGAUCGUCAAUGAAACGUUCAGACACCAAUGAGUCCAGUGAAGUGGGUGAUGAAAGGAAAAAAAGAGAUUCUCGGAAAAGUGGGUUUCUCAACUUAAUCAAAUCUUCUCGAUCCAAAUCUGAACGUCCUCAGACUGUAUUGGUGGCAGAAGAGCCCUCGUCACCCAAGGGUGCUGUCAAAAGUCCAGCUGUGGACACUACUAAGAAGGAGCUAAAAUCAGCUGAACAGAAUGGGAGCACAGAGCGAGCUGAGGAACUAAAAACACCAGACUCUCUAGAUGAGAUACAACCAGAGGAUGCUGCAAGAGCGGAGAGGGGUGAUAACAAAGGCAGCCCACAGGGAGGGCGUCGGUAUGGGGUGCAAGUAAUGGGCAGUGGACUCCUAGCAGAAAUGAAAGCCAAGCAGGAAAGGAGAGCAGCUUCUUCACAGAAGAGACUUGGGAAUGAAGUGGCUCCCAGGGAUUCUCACGAUACCACAGUGAGCUCUGAACGGCUGGAUGGCAGUGGUACAGAGGACAUCCCAGAGUCUCCAUCAGGCCCUGGUUCCCCUAAAGUUGCUCUGCUUCCACCUGUGCUAAAGAAAAUUCCUUCUGAGAAAGAAAAAGAUGGUCAAAGCAGCCCCCAGCCCGCUAUCAGAUCAUUUUCUCAAGAAGAGCAAACAGGAGAGUAUAACAAAAGAGAUACAGAUCAUGACUGUGACAAGCCAGCCAGUGGAGGGAAAAGAGCUUCAAGGCAGUACUCUACCAGUGCAGAAGAGGAAGUGAAUGCACUUGGGCACAAAAAGUCACAGCCAACAACUGGUCCAAAAAGAAGCCCUGGACACCAGACCCAUGAAUACCAAGAACUAAGACAGAGGUCCUUAAGUAAAGAUGGCCAGCAGGGAAGCAAGUCCAGUGACUCUGGAGAAGAAGCAGAUAAAGAAUUUAUUUUUGUUUAGUUAUCAGUACAAAUGCUUGGUAGUGCAAGAUCCUUCAUAACAGUCUGGGUACAACAAUCAAUGACCCUUCUAUUUACCAGCCAUUGUUUAACCCCAGGUGCAUUUUUGUGUAUACACCUAAAUGAUCAUGAUUUACAUUACAAUCAGUAUGCAUUGAUUUGGUCUUUAGCUUCUGUUAUGUAUGAUUUCAGACCUCCCCAUCCAUGCCUUUGCUAAAGCCAGCAAUUAUUUCAUGUAUCUACUUGAAUUUCUCUGAAGCAGCUACAAAGAACACCCUGCAUUAGGGCAUUUAGAAGCAAAGCAAAUAACUGGACACUGUCUUACACUAAUACGCUGUACAGCAGGUAAUGUGUUGUACUGCUGAAUGUAAAUGUGUCAAAUCUGCACGUGACUUACCUAUAAAUAUAUUCUUGCGGUAUGAAAUUGCACAUUGUAAUUUAUAUUAACAGAGCACACUAAUCAAAUAAUUUGUAUAAAUUAUAUAUAUUAGAUGCUUGAGUAUGGUUUUUACAUUCUUCCCUAGGGACCUUCUUUCUUCCUGUUGUGUUGUACAUAAAACUCAAAUGCUUACAUUUGUGUACUGUCAGAAAGCACAACACAGAAGAAUCUGAAUGAAAUCUUAUGCUUCCGCAUUCAUACAUUAAUGUAUAUAGUUGAUUGGAAUGAGAGCAAUUGACAUUUUAUUAAUAUUGGUGUUUUCUAGAGGCCUUCUUAAGUUCUGUCUGCAUAUUAGCUUACUUUUAAUGUGUAAUUCUAAGAGAAAAAUAAUUUGAUGCCUGUAAAAACAAUUCUGCUUGUUUUUGCAUAUUUCACAGACAUUCACUUGCAUUACAGAUUGAAGCAAUUUUAUUCAUAUGUAUAUUUGUACCAAUAAAAAUGAUUUUACAAC